AUGGUGCUGACCGGGUACAGCUGGCUCUUCCUCAGUGCCGCGUUCCUAAGCGUGGGAGCUGAGAUCACCAUCACCCCCCAGCCUGCCAAGCCAUCCGAGGGGGACAACAUCACACUGGCUGUCCAAGGGCUUUCGGGGGACCUCCUUGCCUACAACUGGUACGCGGGGCCCACGCUCAGCCUGUCUUACCUGGUGGCCAGCUACAUCGUAAGCACGGGUGAUGAGACCCCCGGCCCGGCCCACACGGGGCGGGAGGCUGUGCGCCCCGACGGCGGCCUGGACAUCCAGGGCGUCCUGCCCAGACACUCGGGCACCUACAUCCUGCAGACUCUCAACAGGCAGUUUCAGACGGAGGUGGGCUACGGACACUUGCAGGUCUAUGAGAUCCUGGCCCCGCCCGUGGUUACGGCCAACAGCACUGCAUUGGUGGAGCGCCGAGACACCCUGCACCUGACGUGCAGCAGCCCCAGCCCCGCUGAGGUCCGCUGGUUCUUCAAUGGCGAGGCCCUGCCUAUCACCAUCCGUCUUGGCCUGUCCCCCGAUGGCCGGGUGCUGACCCGACAUGGCGUCCGCAGGGAGGAGGCUGGAGCCUACCAGUGUGAGGUCUGGAACCCAGUCAGUGUCAGCCGCAGCGAGCCCAUCAACCUGACUGUGUACUUCGGCCCAGAACGCGUGGCCAUCCUCCAGGAUUCCACCACCCGCACGGGCUGCACCAUCAAAGUCGACUUCAACACCUCCCUCACGCUGUGGUGCGUGUCCCGGUCCUGCCCAGAGCCCGAGUACGUGUGGGCCUUCAACGGGCGGGCCUUGAAGAACGACGGUCAGGACCACCUCAACAUCAGCAGCAUGACGGCAGCCCAGGAGGGCACAUACACGUGUAUUGCUAAGAACCCCAAGACCCUGCUUUCUGGAUCCGCCUCAGUGGUGGUCAAGCUCUCCGCGGCAGUAGUGGCCAUGAUGAUCGUGCCGGUGCCGAGCAGGCCGAUGGAGGGCCAGGACGUGACACUGACCGUACCGGGCUACCCCAAGGACCUGCUGGUCUACGCCUGGUACCGCGGGCCUGCCUCCGAGCCCAACCGGCUGCUCAGCCAACUGCCGUCGGGGAACUGGAUUGCAGGCCCCGCGCACACAGGCCGGGAGGUGGGCUUCCCCAACUGCUCGCUGCUGGUGCAGAAGCUGAACCUCACAGACGCCGGCCGCUACACACUCAAGACCGUCACACUGCAGGGCAAGACUGAGACGCUGGAAGUGGAGCUGCAGGUGGCCCUCAACCUCCCUUCCUCGCACCGGGACCAGCGCCACCUUCCUGAACCUGAGCAUGGCACAGGCUGA